AUGGGGACAGAAUUUUUGCAGUCGCGACGCUUGGAUUGCGUAAUUGAAGCCUUACUGAUUUCCGCCUCUGAAAAAAACUACGCAUCACACGCUAGUGGGUUGAAUUUGGUUUGCGUGAAAAAAAUCAAUCAUUAUGUAGUACGGUUGGAUUCUUGGUUGUUCUUUAAAUCUUGGUUCCUCUGUUCCCCGAAUCUCCUCGAUGCCACCGGCAAUCCUCCACAUCCGCUGUCAGCCACCACCGAGCCAGAUCCCGGCAGCACCGGCCCCCUGGAGCUGAAUAAGCACCCGCUGACUAACACGAGCAACCCGAGCAACCCGAGCAAGCGGAUCAAGACCUCGAGAGCAUGCGACUCGUGCCGAGCCAAGAAGAUCCGCUGCGAACCACUCACCCACCCAUCCACCCAGGACACUCCGAGUUACUCGCCGACACAAUCUGGUCGACAGAUCAAGGCCUUGAACACGACAUCGGCUCCACUUCCCCUGUCUCGAUCACGCAAGAUAUCAAUUCAGCUGGCAAUUGCUCUCCUUCAACCUGAUGAGAAGGGUUUUGUUGCUCUCUUGAUUCCAUUUCCAGCCGAAUUGGUUGCCAACCAGGCCACUCGAAUCAACACUGGUCUUCAUUACAAACAACAGCGCUUCAAUCUCCUCCAUGAAGAGUCUGAAGGCUACUCUCAUCUCGCCACUGAAUUGAUAUCCAGGAGCACAAUACAUGCUGCACUUCCGGACGCUCUUCGGCACGCCGCUGUUCCGCAUCAAUGUGCUCCCGGGAGACGCCAGGCUGGCGGCGCCUACAAGCAGCGACGAGUUCGAGCACUCGUUCCGGGGCGCACGCUUGCUGGGGCUUGUCCCGGAGAGCGACAGCCCGUACUUCUCCCGCUCCUGGGUCAUCGGCGCCACACGCGAUCCUCCCACCACACAGACCAACAAGUAUUAACCCCCGCUCUUGACAUUUUUUGGUCAUCAGUGCCGAAGACUCGUAUGCCCAGCCCUGGAACGCCACCGUGGUCAGGCAAGAAGAAGCCGCACUUUUUGCCCGACGGAAGCUACAAGCUGCUUGUCAGGGCGUUGCGGAUCAGCGGCCGCAAGACUGACGAGCCCGAUUACGAGUACUGGGUCUCCCCCCAGUUCAGGCUCAAGAACUCGCACGGUAAAUGA